AUGGGUCGGAUUUUCAUAGAGCAUAUGGGUGGACAUAGGAUUAUACACUGUCAGUAUUGUGAAACUCCAUUGACAAAUAGAAGCGAGAUACUUAGCACUCGCUUUACAGGUGCUACUGGCCGUGCAUUCUUAUUUAAUCGCGUUGUUAACAUAGUUCACAGUGAUAUACAAGACCGUGUUAUGUUGACUGGGCGUCACUUAGUAAGAGAUGUUGUGUGCAUCAAGUGCAAUACCAAGUUGGGUUGGAUGUACGAACACGCAAUGGAGGAGAGUCAGCGGUACAAGGAAGGCAAAGUGAUAUUAGAAAGAGCACUUAUAAUGGAAACAGAAGGUCUCGCCGACCCACUUGGAGAAGAGCAGUAA